CAUGAAGGGAGUGAACAACCUCAAGGUUGCUGAAUGUCUGGAGCAGCUUUUUUCCUGUCAUUCUUCCCCAGGUAGACAAUGUUAUUAGCUCAGAUAAAUCGAGACUCUCAGGGAAUGACGGAAUUUUCUGGAGGAGGAAUGGAGGCCCAGCACGUGACUCUGUGUCUAACAGAAGCUGUAGCUGUGCAAGGUGAACCUUCAGAUGGUGACAACUUGGAAAACAUGGAAGGUGUAAGUUUGCAAGCAGUUACCCUGGCUGAUGGUUCCACUGCUUACAUACAGCACAAUUCUAAAGAUGGUAAAUUAAUGGACGGCCAAGUGAUUCAAUUAGAAGAUGGUUCUGCUGCUUAUGUUCAACAUGUACCUAUGCCUAAAAGCAGGGAGAGCCUGCGUCUGGAAGAUGGACAGGCGGUUCAGCUGGAAGAUGGAACUACAGCUUUUAUUCAUCACACCUCAAAAGACAGUUAUGACCAGAGUGCACUGCAAGCUGUGCAGCUGGAGGAUGGAACCACUGCCUACAUCCACCACACGGUGCAGAUGCCACAGUCAGACACCAUUUUAGCCAUCCAGGCUGAUGGCACAGUGGCAGGACUGCACACAGGAGAUGCUGCCAUCGACCCAGACACCAUCAGUGCUUUGGAGCAGUAUGCAGCCAAGGUGUCUAUUGAUGGAAAUGACAGUGUCAGUAGCACAGGAAUUAUAGGUGAAAAUGAACAAGAUAAAAAAAUGCAGAUUGUCUUGCAAGGACAUGGAACAAGAGUGACUGCAAAAUCUCAACAGACUGGAGAGAAAGCCUUUCGCUGUGAUUAUGAUGGCUGUGGAAAACUGUACACAACAGCUCACCAUCUUAAGGUGCAUGAAAGGUCUCACACAGGAGACAGACCAUACCAGUGUGAACAUCCUGGAUGUGGCAAAGCCUUUGCAACAGGGUACGGGUUGAAGAGCCACGUGCGAACACACACGGGCGAGAAGCCUUACCGCUGCACAGAGGAGAACUGCACCAAAUCCUUCAAGACUUCUGGAGACCUGCAGAAGCACAUCCGCACCCACACAGGUGAAAGGCCUUUUAAGUGUCCCUUUGAAGGAUGUGGCAGGUCAUUCACAACGUCUAAUAUUAGGAAGGUUCACAUCAGGACACAUACAGGCGAAAGGCCUUACUACUGUACAGAGCCAGGAUGUGGGAGAGCUUUUGCCAGUGCAACUAAUUAUAAGAAUCAUGUGAGAAUACACACAGGCGAGAAGCCGUAUGUCUGUACAGUUCCUGGCUGUGACAAACGUUUCACAGAAUAUUCCAGUUUAUACAAACAUCAUGUUGUACAUACUCAUUCCAAACCAUACAACUGCAAUCACUGUGGGAAGACCUACAAGCAGAUCUCUACCCUUGCUAUGCACAAACGGACAGCGCACAACGACACAGAGCCCAUUGAGGAAGAACAAGAGGCUUUCUUUGAGCCACCUCCAGGUCAAGGUGAAGAUGUGCUCAAAGGCUCCCAGAUCACCUACGUGACAGGUGUGGAGGGAGAAGAUGUCAUUUCUGCACAGGUUGCUACAGUUACUCAGUCGGGAUUAGGCCAGCAAGUAGCGCUAAUAUCCCAGGAUGGAACCCAACAUGUGAACAUCUCCCAGGCAGACAUGCAGGCCAUUGGCAAUACCAUCACCAUGGUGACACAGGAUGGCACCACCAUCACAGUCCCUGCCCACGACGCCGUCAUCUCCUCGGCGGGGACGCACUCGGUGGCCAUGGUCACUGCAGAGGGCACCGAGGGACAGCAGGUUGCAAUCGUGGCCCAAGACCUAGCAGCAUUUCACAGUGCCUCCUCAGAAAUGGGACACCAGCAGCACGGACACCAUCUAGUGACUACAGAAACUAGACCUGUUACAUUGUUGGCUACAUCCAAUGGGACACAAAUUGCAGUACAGCUUGGAGAACAACAGUCUCUGGAAGAAGCCAUUAGAAUAGCCUCCAGAAUACAGCAGGGAGAAACGCCAGGGAUUGAUGAUUAACUUCUAAAACUGCUACCAGAACAAUAGAGUGAAAGGUAUUUUAUUUUCAACCAACAAAGGUCCAUGCCAGCAACAGCCCAUAAAAACUUUGAAGUCCCCCACUCACUGAUACUGUGUACACAUUUUAUGCAAGAGUGAAGAACAUUUUCUAAGUUUUGUGUACAUAACCCUUGGAAUGGACUGACAUCAUCUACUUCCAACCGUUGCGUUCAGGAAUAUGAAAUUAGGAUUAUAUAGUAAACUUCCUUGUUAUCCUUUCAUCAGAUUUCAGACUGGUCUACAAGCAAGUAAAAAAUAGAAGUAUUGGAUUUAAUUUUUCAUGUCAUGUACAAAUAAUGAAGGCGUUACUGAAGAUUUCAGCUGUUUAAAUAACCAUUUCAGGAACCCUUACAAGUAAUAAAGGCAACAAAGCCUUUUGAAAUUGCAUUCCAUUAAUGGAAAAGUCUUGGAUUUUGAGCCUACUACUGUAAAUCUUCGUAUUUUGAUUUGUUUCAUAUGGAUUUGAAUACUCUUUAGAUUAUCUGCCCGAUCUCAUUCAUUGUAAAUACAGACUGUUAAUGCUGGAAGUGCUAAUUAUAUUAUCUUUAAAUUGGAUUAUGUACAAAGAACUGGUUGUUCAAUAUUAAAGAAAGUAAAUCUAAUGAUUUUGUUUCUUUACAUAUUUUACUUAAGAUGUUACUCUCAAAUUAUUAUGCAAUAAAAUAUAGCAGGAUUGUAAUGUUUAGAUAGGAUGAUAUUGUCGUGUGACGUAUUGUUUUACUUCUUACUGAGACUGAAGUUGAAAUUAUUUAUUUACGGCCUUGUAUAAAUUUUUCCAAAGUUUAUUUAUCAUAAACUUAAUUUUUUGACAUGAAUUUUGAUCGUAAUCCACUAUAGUGUAUUAAGCAAAUACUGGUAAUAGUUAUUUCAGACAUUCUAAAACACUACAGGAGUGAUUUUCACUAAAAGGUGAAGUUACCCAUUUUCAAGAGAACUAUUUUCAAAUGGUGCAUUUGCAGCAAAAGUACAAGUACUAAAGAGUCUAUUUUCAACAGUUCUGAGUGCCUGCUGCUACCAUUCAGUACCUAGGAUGUGCUGAUAAUCAGUGCUUUUGAAAAUCAGGACACAAGUUACUAGAAAAAAGGGAUUAAUGAUGAUGUAAGUACAAUGCUCCUCUCCAGCUAUCAUUCUGUAAAGGAAAAAGUCCAUUGUAGAUAUGUCGAUACACACAGCAAAAUGUACUUUCAAUUUUUUUAUAUGAAGAAGUGUUUUUACUCUUGUCUUGUUAGCAAGCUGGUUAAGCAAGUUAAAAUUUUUUGGCUUCCUGUAAGAUUCAGUGCUCAUUUUAGAUUAGUAUCAAGAGCACUCCUGAAACUGAAGCCUCACCUUUUGCCUUCUCAAGGGAAGGACUGAACAGCCUCUGGACAAAAAUCUUUACUAAGGAAUCCCAAGUAUUGUGAGGUGCACAUCCUACAUGUAAAAAUAAAGUCCAGAACUAAGUACCUUGAGGUACUUGACCUCAGAAAGGCCAAGUUUCAAUAGAAUGAGCCAAUUUAUUGUGAAUUACUGUAUCAGUGUGGGUUGCAGCCUUUUAUGUUUUCUACACAGAAGCCAGCUGUAAAGUGCAGUGAGAGAUUACAGUACUGUGGGAUAGAUGGGGACAAAGCAAAGGCUAUUCUCUGCAUAAAUUACAAAGUAAAACUUGAAAUAUUUAGGUUGUCUGUAACUUUUGUAUAGGAUUGAGGUUGCUUGCUCACUUAGGUGCCAGUUUUCCUGAAAUGUUGUAAAUCUUGAUAUCCCAUGGAGAUAAAUGUACUAUGCAAGGAGGAUUAAUUGCCUGUCAACUAGAUCAGUUUCUUAGUACUUAUCACCUUUUAGAAAUUAAAGUUGUAUCAUUUGACGUGAAUGUUCAAGGUUUUUUUUUUUCUUAAAUUUUAUUGCUAAUAGUUUCUGGAAACGGUGACUGGAAGGUGGAUUUGACUUAACAAAGAAAUAACUUCAGUUCUUACUUCUUCUGAUUUCCCAGGACAUUUCCUGACCACUAUACAAAUGUGUCGCAGGGGACAGUUCCACACUCAGUCUGGGCAGAAGUCAUCUCUAAAACACAACUCUUCAUGGUCCUGUCAGUCUACAGCAAAGAGCAAUGGUGCAAGAUCAGAACCUGUGAACUCUGACACAGCAGCUGUGCAUUUUGUUAGCUACAUCUUUAUUCAGUACUUCCUUCUCUUAAUUGCUUUCAGAUUGGAAAUAAACUUUCUUUUAAAAUCAGUGUGUUUCUGUUGUUUCCUUAUUUUUCUAUUCUUUUUUUUCUUUCCUUCCCUGUCUUCUCUUCAGAAAUACUUUCUUCUCUGUACAAACUCUGAGUUGUUCCACUUGGUUCUGUCCCACUAAACUGUUCAGCAAUUAGUAAUUGAUUAAACUCAAUUACAACAAGGCUUCUGAACUUCAGUUUGUCACUUGCUGUCACCAAAUACCUGUGUCUGUAAACUCCAGAAAGUGCGCGUUAUAUUAGGUUGAGUUUGGGAAGGAAAAUACAAGUUUUGACAUUACAGGGGGAGGGCUUUAUUGAAAGCUUACAGUCUAAACUUUUUCAAAGAAAAGGAAACUUCAUAUAUGACUGAAGCAAGCCACAGAGAGUGGCUGGGAAGUUUUGAGUCACUUUAUAAGAAUUGCUUUGCAUCUCCCUCUGUGGGCUUUGAAUGGAGAAAGAGGUGGUGGUGAUUCUAUUUUUAAAUAGCCUCUUACAACAUCUGUUCUAAAACUUGAAUGCUUCAGUUAGUACUUGCUAUACAAGACAUCUCUUUUUAAAAAACGAUUAUUUUUAAUGGGAUGCUAUUGUGCUUCUAAAUUACUGCACAUCAAGUGCAUUUAUACUUGGCUUGAUGUAGCCUUAUCUCUGUUCCAUUUCCAUACGUUAUGUUGGCUACUUUCAGUUUUCUGAAACCUGUUUUCAGUUUUCUCCAAAAUGCAAAUCUCAACACUUGUGUUGCUGUGGCUCGU